AUGGAAGUCGAUUUGGCUGCCGUUGAAGUAGUUUUCGCUCAAAAACUUGCAUGUGGUGAGCCUGUGACCCGCCAAAGAGCUUUGCGAGUUCUACAUGAUUGGAUUAGGGAGCAGUCGUCAAAAAAACCAUUCAAUGAGGAGGAUCUGAUGAGAUUAUGCAAAGGCUUGCAUUAUGUCAUGUGGAUGCAGGACAAAAUGCUUCUUCAAGAAGAACUGGCUGAUAAAAUUGGAGGCCUAAUUAAUAUUUUUGGCUCGGAAGAGGAGAAAAUCCUCUAUGUCAAGUGUUUCCUGAAAAGUAUCUCAAAAGAAUGGCCACAUAUUGAUCGUUGGCGAAUGGACAAGUUUUUAAUGGAAAUCCGAAGAAUGCUAAAGUUUACUUUUGCGCACUUGCGCGAAUUGAACUGGAAAAAAGAAAUCCGCGACAAAUAUUGGGCGGUUUUUGAGGAAACCACAAUUUCGGCGGACAAAAAUUUCAGCGAAGGACUCAAAUUCCAUUUCGCCUCGCUUUUUCUCGAUGAGCUCGACAAUGCUGGCGGACUGACGGCCAAACAAGUCUCAUUGCUGCUUAAACCAUACGCGAAUCUUCUCGGCAAUCGACGAAUCUCGGAUUAUCUCUUCAGCUCGAUUAUCACCGAAAUUUUUAUGACGAUUCUUCAUCAAAAAAGUGAAGAAAUUGCCGCGAAAGCGGAAAAUGAAGGAGAUGAGCCGAUGGAAGAAGGAGGAAUUCAGUUUAACUACAAAAAUAUUGGCGAAAUAUUGUUCAACGUGGGAAAAAAAUCGGAAAUUCCGGUGAAGCGCCGAAAACGAAUUUACGACCUGGUGAAGAAGUUUGAGCAGGCGGCGGCGGGACGUGAUCCGCUUCAUUUCGAGCCGCCGGUUCCUUCGGAAGUUCUCACGAAGGCGAUGUUCGAGGAAGCUGAGGAACGCGUGUUGAAAAUAAAUGAGGAGAUCAAGAAUGAGAGGAAGAAAUGCAAACAAAUGAAAGUAGUUGAGCGGCAGAAGCAACGCCAACGCGAGGAGGCACACGAAGAAAACGACGAACAAGAUUCUGGCGAUGAAAACCCGACUCCACUCAAAAAACUCAAGAAAUCAUCAUCCGAAUCGAUUCCGAAGGUCAAAAAGGCAAAAAAAUCGAAGAAAAUCGCGGUCAAAGGUCUCGGCAAGAAAGUUCUGAAGCAGAAGAAGCCUAUGAAGGCCAAAAAAUAG